GGGUAAAUUAAAAACAUUAUUGCAUAUCAGAAAACCAAUACAGCUGUGUUAGUUUUGCGGCAUUAAUAACAUGUUAGAAAGAGAUGUGUUUAAGUUUCCAUGACAGAUAAUUUAUGGAGAGAGUGCUAUUUAAUUUGUUGACAUUUCUUUUCUUGUCGCAUUUGCAGGUACUACACUAAUUUUAUAUUAUAUCUCUCAUGCCGAGUUCGGCUUAAAUGUGGAAAUAAAAGUUGUUUGAAGUUUUAUGUGCUUUUAUAAUGUGUUUAAUCUGAAUCAAAAUGACGGAGAAUUGCAAUAAGAGGUCUAGAAAGUCCAAAUUAGUGCCGCGUGUGUGUCCAGACGUCGAUGAUAAUAUUCCGCAAGUGGAGUAUGUACCGAAAAAGCUGCCGAGGCUUCUACCAAAGUUAAACUGUCCAACACCUUCUGGAAAUGCACUGAAAAUCAUUAGUAAGCCACCCAUUAGCUUCAAUAUAAAUAUAGAAGUAGAAGAAUAUGAUGAAAAUGCAAUUGUUGUUGAUGAGUCUAAUGAUGAUAGUGAUAAGAAUGAAGAUGAACUACUCGAAAAUGAAUUAAAGCUGGAAAAUGAAAUAAACGAAACACUAACUAAAACACUCAAAGACAAUGGUUCCCUUGAGGUAUUACUUGAUAAAUCUGUACAUAGUAUAUUAAAGAAAAAUUGUGGUAAUGAUACAAUACCUGAUUAUAUUGAUCAACAUGAUUCUGACACUGGUAUGUACAAAGUUUUCUCUUUAUCGACGAAAGAUCUGGAGCGUAUGUCUACCAAGGAACAUGAGCAAACAUCUAAAGAUAAUGUUGAUGAGAAUGAUGCAACUGAAAAUAUAGUAAUCACUAAUACUACGGCUAAUAAUGACCAAGCAUUAACUUCAGAUUCACAAAAAACUGACUAUUUGUCUUCAGAACCACUGUCGAUAAAUCAUAAUGAAUUGUUCAGAGAUGCUAUUCUUAUUAGAAAUACGGCAGCAAAUCCAGCAGAUAGAUUAUUAGCUGUAGAAUUAUUGAAUUCGUGGGGGCAGCGGAAGAAUGGAGUAAUGGAAGAGUCUAAUAAUGAAAUGAUUCUGCAAGCAGUGUUAGACAAAUGGAGACAUUGGCAAAGCCUCUCUUGGUGCAGAGAAACUCCCAUGACCUACAAAUGCUAUUUAUGCAAAGUAGGAUUUUGGCGUUUGUCUCUAUUCCGUGACCAUAUCGCUACACCUGGCCAUGAGAAUAUAAAGAUGGCGCUGGAGACUGUAUACCAUGAAUGCCACAUAAGUGCCUACGUGGCAGAAGAUAAUUUUGGCACGAAUUUUACCAUGCUGCAUUUCCCCAUUGAAUCCAAUUGCUUAAAGUGCAAUAAAAGUUUUGAUUCCCAUCCAACAGUGAAAGAACCAUAUGAUGAUUAUAAAUGCAGGUUAUGCCUAAUACCUUACUUCACGUGCAGAGCCCUGAGACUCCACGAGGGAGUGUGUGGCUUUUUGACUAAGAAGCGCUGUACGAAGGACUCCAUUCCUAUUGAUAUGCACAAGUGUUCUAUAUGCCCCAUGUUCUUUUCCAAUGAGAAGCAAGUGUUGGAGCACUUAUCGAUAUUUCAUAGAGUAUGGUCAGACAUCCCAAAUAAUUCCAAUUUUAAGUCUUGCAAAUUGUGCAAUCAAAAUUAUAUAAUUUUCCUUAUGCAUGACUGUCCAAAUAAACAUGGAUCCAACGUGUGUACGUACUGCCAGACUUGUUUUCCUUCAAGAUUGAUGGUACAACUCCAUUUGAAUAUGUCUAAGAGCAACUACAAAUGUAGGAUCUGUAACGUAAGGUUGGACAGACAGUGCAUGGAACGUUUGCACUUGUUAGCACACAGUGAACAGUUCAUGAAGGUGUAUCGAUGUAAUUUGUGUGUUAACAAAAUAUUCUACCACUUCGACACUCUUAAAUCACACAUAGGCGCGGAUCACCUGCGAUUUUUUAAUAAAAAGGGCUACUAUAGUAUCGUGUUAAUAAUGAAAAAGACCAUGCCAGAAUCCAAAAAAGUUAUGAGUGCAUCAGACGAACAGAGGCUGGCAAUCGACAAUUUAAUGAAAGAAAUGGACGAAUCAAACGACCAGAAUGAUAAGACUCCAGAAAAACCAGCAAUACGAGCAGCAGACAUAAUUACGAUUAAUUUUGAUAUGCAUAUGGGUAAUCAGGGCUGUAAGAUAUCAUCAUUAAAUUUACCUAAUUCUAAAAAAUUACAAUCACAUAGUAAAACUGCAACCUUAAAUGAUGAUGAUGGUAACAGUAUACGUACAAAUAAUGAUCAUUCAAAUGAUGAUAAUGCAAAUGAUAAUAAUUUAAUUGAUAAUAAUUCAAAUCCUGAUAAUUCAAAUGAUGCUAAUUCAUAUGAUAAUCAUCCAAAUAAUGACAAUUCAAGUGAUGCCAAUUCUAAUGAUAGUCUACCAAAUAAUGCUAAUUCAAAUGAUAAACAAUCAAAUAACGACAAUUCAAAUGAUGCUAAUUCAAAUAAUAAUCAACCAAUUAACGACAAUUCAAAUGAUAAUCAACCAAAUAACGACAAUUCAAAUGAUAAUGAACCAAAUAACGACAAUUCAAAUGAUAAUCAACCGAAUGACGACAAUUCAAAUGAUAAUCAACCGGAUAACGACAAAUCAAAUGAUAAUCAACCAAAUAAUAACAUUGAUGAUGAAGAAAUCCACAACCAACAUAUCGAAAUGGUGAAGAUCAAAGUAGAAAUUAAAGAGGAAUAUGACGUUGAAGAACCCGAUUAUUACCUAUCAAAUAUAUUUCAAGUGUCCCGAGAAUUGAGAAACAAGCCAGAAAUUAAGGUUGAAAUUAAAGAAGAACCAGAACCAGAAGAAUAUUAUCAGGAUGAUAUAAUAGUUUUAAACAGUAAUGACGCUGAAGAAGAAAACAACGCAUCAGAUAACGUACAGCCAGAAACAAGAUUGGAAGUGGGUGAACAGGAAACAGUUAAAACCAUCAGGCGUAAAAUCGAGUUGGACCCAGAUAAUCAGGGAUAUGUUAAAAAAAAUACUCCAUUUGACAGUUUAGUUUGCACUAAAUGUUUUAAAAGCUAUAUGACAUUAAAAGGUUAUGUGAUUCAUCUCUCUAAGGAUCAUAAUGUUAGAGAAAAAGAGUGUCCGUUAUGUGGACGGGUUUAUUCAAAUAUGUAUGCAUUUAUUUCACACAUAAGAACUCAUAUAAGGAGAUCGUUCUCAAUUAAAGCAAGUAUUGAUAAUCCAAGUACAUCAAAGGUCGUAUCACAGUGCAAGAAGUGUAAAGAAAUAGUUAUGGUCGAUGAACAGUUUGCUCACUGGGAGUCACAUUUCGAAAUACCUGAUGAGUGGGCAGCGAGCAGUACCUAUGAGGAACCGUCGUCGCCAACUGAGGAUAAUGGUAUGGAAGGCUUGUUAGAACCAGAGGCUCUCAAAUCCCUUGUAAACGGCUUACAAAAGGGCAUGUCGAGCAUGUCUGCAUCGAAGAGAGUAAAGGCAUGUCCACACUGCAAUCGACUCUUCAACCGCUACCACGAGUGUAAGAGGCACAUCAUUGAACACCUCCUGAUGGACGCAUACGCCAAAAUUGCGCCUGACAAAGGACUCAAGUGUCAGAUAUGCUCGGAGCUGUUCCAGAAGCGAGAUUCGUACAAGCAACACAUGCGUGAUCACGCAUCUUUGCCUGUGUAUUUGUGUGAAUUAUGCAACAAGGCGUUCAGUGACUCGAGCAAUUUUACUAAACACAAGAAGGUCCACAAUCUGUCCAUCUACCAGUGUCAUAUUUGCGAUAAGAAGUUCCAAAUGAAGGCGUCCCUAGUAAAACAUAUAGGCAUGGUACACACAAAUGCAGAUCCAUUUAUUUGCGCAGAUUGUUCCCAAAACUUCUACACCAUGUCCAGUCUAAAAAAACACAUCCGUCAAAAACACGAUAAAAACAGCCUCAAGUUCAAAUGCAUGACCUGUAACAAGAAAUUCAAGUCGCUGAAAAACAAAUGGGAUCAUAUGUGGGACAAACAUAAGCAAAGAUCACAAGCGGCCGACUGCCCGAUCUGUGAUGCUGCAUUCCGGAAAUACUCCGACGUGAAGAGGCAUAUUACAGAAACCCAUAGACAUCACCCUGUAUAUCUUAAAUCAUUGAAUACGCUAACGAGAAAUCCGGUUCUGUCCAUAGAGAAAAUAAAAUACAUGAAGGAAAAUAAAGAAACCCUGUUUCCUAAGUAGUUUUGUACCUUGAAGUUCAUUAUAUCCGGAUUUCACUAUAUUUAACUAAAGUUAGUAAUUCGUUUUUUGCGGAAAGUUUUACAACAAAUUACCAGUCUAUUUUAAAAUCUGUAAACGUGCUUAUGAAAUUGAAGAAUUUAUAAAUUAUGAUAAUAGUUUUGUAGAAACAACUUAAAAUUCAUAGCGCAGAUAUUAUCUGCACUAGGAAGGAGUGCGUAGCGGUUUCUAUGUUUAUUAUCGCAUGCCUCAUGCUUGUUAUUGUGUAUUUAUCAGGAUCAUAUGGAUAAUUAACAGGAUAUGUGAGAGAUAUUUAAGCAAAGAUUACAAACGGCAGACUGCCCGAUCUGUG